AUGAUUUACCGUCCUUUAACAACUGCUGCCCGUGCAGCUUGUCGCACGCAGGCCGUGCCAAGCAUCCGAAACUUCGCAACUGCUGCUCCGGUUUCGGCCACCCGCAAUCACAAGGUCGUGGUGGUAGGAGGUGGUUCUGCAGGCCUCACAAUCAGCCACCAGCUCCUACAAUCUGGACAAUUUGUGGCUGAUGACAUUGCGAUCAUCGACCCCGCCGAAUGGCACCACUACCAGCCCGGCUGGACUCUCGUCGGCGGUGGCCUCAAGACUAAGGAAGAGCUCCGCCGUCCGUUGAAGAGCCUCCUCGACCCCAAGCUCAAGUUGUACAAUGACGGUGUCGCGACCUUCGCCCCGGAGAACAACUUCGUCACCCUCUCCAACGGCGACAAGAUUGGCUAUGACCAGCUGAUCGUCGCCCCCGGCCUCACUGUCUCCCCCGCCAACAUCAAGGGUCUGCCCGAAGCGCUCGCCAACCCCGAUGCCCCCGUCUCCUCCAUCUACACCUAUGACUCCGUCAACAAGGUCUUCCCCUCCAUCCAGAAGAUGGAGAAGGGUAACGCCAUCUUCACCCAGCCCGCCGGCGUUAUCAAGUGCGCCGGUGCCCCGCAAAAGAUCAUGUGGCUUGCCCUGGACCACUGGAAGCGCGCCGGUCUCUACAACCCCAGCAACCCCUCCAGCUCGCCCAUCAACAUCAGCUUCGCAACUGGUCUCCCGGUCAUGUUCGGUGUCCCCAAGUAUAACGCCGCACUGACAAAGAUGCAGCAGGAGCGCGGCGUUAACGCGCUCUUCCAGCACGACCUGGUCGAGAUCGAUGGAAACAAGGCCAUCUUCGCUCGUCCCGACGGUGCAGAGUCCGUGACCAAGCACUUCGAUUUCCUGCACGUUGCGCCGAAGAUGGGAUCCCCCGCUUUCAUUAAGAACUCUGCUAUCGCGAACGAGGCCGGCUUCGUCGACGUCGACGAUGCCACCACCCGCCACAAGAAGUUCGCGAACAUCUGGUCCGCUGGUGAUGCUUCCAGCUUGCCGACUUCUAAGACUGCUGCCGCCGUGACUGCGCAGUCUCCUGUUCUUGUGCGGAACCUGCUCAAUACCAUGGAGGGCAAGCAGCUGGAUGCCGCUUAUGAUGGGUACACCUCUUGCCCGCUGCUGACCGAGUAUGGCAAGGUGCUUCUGGCAGAGUUCAAGUAUGGACCUGAGCCCAAGGAGACCUUUGGUAACUGGUUCGGCAUUGACCAGGCUGAGCCGCGCCGCUCGUUCUACCACUUGAAGAAGGAUUUCUUCCCGUGGGUGUACUACACGCACAUGGUGAAGGGUAACUGGGCUGGUCCUAAGGGGUGGAUUAACUAG